AUGGGGCCUGACACUGCCACUCUCCAUCUACCGCGCAUUCUCUGCCUCCAUGGGGGCGGGUCCAACGGCCGAGUCUUCCAGUUUCAAUGCCGAGCCUUGAUCGCCCAGCUCCAAUCGACAUUUCGAUUCUGUUUUGUUGAUGCCCCCUUUCUGUCUGACCCGGGACCCGAUGUGGUCCCCACCUAUCAGAACCAUGGUCCAUUUCGACGGUGGCUCCGGUGGCACCCAGAUCAUCCCGAGGUGGACCAUGACACAGCCGCCCGAUUCAUCCUCCACUCCAUUACGACCGCAAUUCAGGAGGACGAUCGCAGCGGUGCGGAAGGCGAAUGGGUCGGUCUGAUGGGAUUUAGUCAGGGCGCGAAAAUCGCCGCCAGUGUGCUCCUCCAGCAACCUCUCCUAGAGUCUGACCGGAAAUUGGGCUUUCGCUUCGCGAUUCUCCUGGCGGGGUCGGCGCCGUUGGUCUCCUUGGGCCCGCGGGGAUUGUACAAUCCAUAUCUGGCGGAUGCAUCCCAGAGCUCAUUGCUUAUGCCGGAAGUCCCUAAUGUGAAGGGAAGAACGGAGCACCGGAUACGAUCGGCCACCGUGCAUGUCCAUGGACUAAAGGACGCGGGUAGACCUCGCCAUCAGCAGUUGUUGGAGCAGUACUGUCAUGUGGGAAGUGCGAGGUUAGUAGAAUGGGACGGAGGGCAUCGCGUACCCAUCAAGAGGCAGGAUGUCGCGGCGGUGGUGGAGACCAUUCUGGACUCAAAAAUCUACUUCCUUUCUCUUUCAUCCACUAUCAAUCAUAGAAACCAUGCCCCCUCCCAGGGGAACCCCGAAUAUGCUAGAGGGGCCCGGCGACUACGAUGUCACGCCCUCGUCCACAGCGACACCUAUGCAGCCAUCGAUCCGCAUAAUUAUGACCUAGCCGGCACCGCCGUUUUCAUAUCUGGAGGUUCCAAGGGCCUAGGUCGCGGGAUGGUUCUCUCGUUCGCCAAAGCCGGCGCAUCGUACAUCGCGGUAGGGGCACGAUCCGACAUGUCCCAGCUGGCCGAGGAAGUUGCCGCAGUGGCACUCUCCGCGCACCGACAACCGCCCCAUUUCCUUCCCAUCAAGAUGGACGUAACGGACCAGGACAGUGUGGAGGCUGCCGCCAAAGUGGUGAAGACCGAGUUUGGGCGCUGCGACAUUUUGAUCAAUAAUGCUGGAGUUCUGGGGACACUGACCCCAGUGGCGGACUCAGACCCUGUCCACUGGUGGAGCAUCUUCGAAAUCAAUCUGCGGGGAUCAUACCUACUCUCCCGCACCGUGGGGGCGCACCUAAUCAGCCCCGCCGCCAGUGCGUACCAGACGUCGAAGUUGGCUCUUCUCCGUCUGUCCCAGUUCUUGGAUCGGGAAUAUGCAAACCAGGGCUUGGUGUCUAUCUGUAUUCAUCCCGGCAAUAGUCCCACGGAUAUCAUUGGGGAUCCCAAGAAUGUUCCUGAUCAUUUGUUAAAUGUUCUUACCGAUACCCCAGAGCUUUGUGGCGACACUGUAGUCUAUCUAGUAUCCGAAAGGAGGGAGUGGCUGAGUGGACGGUAUGUCAAUGUGACUUGGGACAUGCCGCAACUUAUGGCCAAGAGAGAAGAGAUAGAACAGGGGGAUAAGUUGAAGGUUAAACUUAUCUACUAG